AUGGAGGCCACCGAACCGCUGUCUUCUCCAACCGGACGCGGCUUCAGCGUGCGCUCUCCCCAAUCGCCUCGCUCUCCCCGCUCUCCCCUACGCGAUCAGCCUCCCCACAGCCCCUUGAGCCCGAGAAGCCCGAUUUUCAGCAACACGAGGUUUGGGAAGCCGCCCAAGUCGGCCGGAGGAAAAGAGGGCUCCGGAGCCAUUACGGGAGGAAAAUGGACCAGCAAAAUGCGCCUGCCCGGCUCCUCGACCGCGAAGCCGUUGGUCCCUGUGACGGAGAAAAAGUCCGAGGAAUGGAAUCAGUCGCCUGCCCGCCGCUUGAGGGCCGACAGCGCAGCCGACGACUACAAGUUUGAUAUAACGCCUGACGGAGGGUCUGCUGGUCGGGAAGGAAGACAAUUCACGGUCUCCAACGUGGGGAAUAACGGAAGGAUAUACCUCAGACCAACAGUCCGGCCCGCCAACCAGAGAUUCCCUCAGCCAAACUUUGUCUUUCCCAUAACGCCACCUGGGACUGCUGGCCUCGAUGCCCUGACCGAAAAGCAGAGACAGCAAGACGCGACCAACGCUCACCUCAGCCAGUGGAUCGCCACCCCACCGACUCCCGCAACGCCUGCAACGGCUGCCGCCAACAAGCGCUACUUUUCCAGUCACGCCCCGCGACCUUCUCAACAUAGACGUGCUCAUUCCGACUCGACGGCACAUGAUGGCGCGACGAGCAGGAACUCCGAGGCCGAGGGCUUCAAGAUCGUCAUCUCAAAGCCGGGUGACGAGAAGCGGUCAAAGACGACGGAAGAUCUGGACGCACCUCACAUUCCGCUGUUAGACAUCGAGAUUCCGAAUUGGAAAUUGGGCAACCCGCGGUUUACCGCUAGAGGAACCGCCUUCUUUAGAGGGUCGAGUUAUGCGCCGACAGACGAGUUUCCGCGCUCCAGCAAUGUCUCUUUUCUUCACCGGACUCCCACGGGCGAGCUCACUCCAAAGAUGCCCGAGUCGAUCACGUCCAGGAAGCUGAGCCCCAUCUCGAUUCCUCAAAUACGUCUACCACCCUUGGGAGACAUGGGGCCGCCCAUGUCCUUCAGUCCAGCUCCCAUGACAACGCCCCAGUUACCUCUCGCCCGCUCAACCUACAUGUCGACCCAUCUGGUCAUUGAGCCAGCCAUGUUUGACGCUCUAACCUUCAAGCCAACAUGCGACGACAGAUCGAUAGUACGCUACUCGCCAUCCACAGGCGCCGUCACCGCUGCGACGCCCCCUCGCCUUGUGGCUGAGAUCACCUCACCAAGCUUCUUGGACUAUGAGCUCAUCUCCGACUUUUUCCUCACGUAUCGAGCCUUCAUGGAGCCGUCCGACCUGCUGAAGUUAAUUUUGGCUCGUAUGCGAUGGGCGCUUGGCCGAAAUGAUGAGAUUGGCAUGGUUGUACGAGUUCGAACUUUUGUCGCCAUUCGUCAUUGGAUCUUGAACUACUUCAUGGACGACUUUGUCAUCGAAUAUGGUCUUCGAGUGACGUUCUGCAACCUGUUGAAUGACAUGGUUGACGAGUUAUCGACCGACCCCCGUGGGCGCAAGGUGCAACUUAAGAUUCUGGCCGAACUGAAGAAGUGCUGGCGACGAGUGUGCGCCCAGUUCUGGGACGGUCCUGAGUUUGAACCUUCCCUGGGACCUAACGUGCCCAUUGCCCCGGGCGGCAUAGCUGGACACCGAAACGCCAAUCUAGACCCAUCUUUUUGGGAGCAGGACAAUGCUGCCCCCCAGCUCGACGGCCUCUUCGCCCCUAUCAUAGAAGACAAGGAACAGACAAGCUUCUACGCAGAUGUCUCUCGCGCCGGGCACAUCGGGGACUCUCAGCCGGUUUUGCAGCGACCUUCCACGCCUGAGAACAACGAUGCCCAGACAUUCGACAGGAGGCAAGCGGCAUCACCCACGAGCAUUGCCAGCAUGGACGUUAUUUCUUGCUCGUUCCCUGGUAAGACCGCGCGGACGAUCCAGCCUGGAAAUCCGUCUUUGGGCAUUCACCCUGUUGUUACUUCCAGUUCGGUCUAUUCGAGUGCUGGGCCAGUAGCUACAACGCCAAGAGCUCUCGUGGGGAAGCGAGUAAGGCCAGGGCAGGGACACAAGAGGAGUGGAAGCUUGACGGACUCGCUCAGAGAGAGGGAAAAUCCAGCUGAAAAGACGGACCUUCAAGAGACUGACUUUCUGAUGUCUCUCCCCUUUGCGGGCAGCCUCGUUCGAGGUAACCUGAUGCCACCUGGCCAGCCAUACGUUGAGAUCAUGUCUCCUAGUACGGGAGAGUUCCAGCGACAGACAACCAUUUUCCAGGUGCCGCCAGAGGAAAGAAGCGCGGCAUCCGCAAUGUCUGGUCAGGGUAUGAGAAGACUGAUAGGCAGUGUACGACGUGCGCUCAGUACGAGAGGGCAAGGCGUGUCCCCGACACAAGGCAACUUCAUCAAUAUUUCGCCCAUAGGACCCCGUGGCGCUACCACCAACAGAUUGCCAGGUACUGCUAUCGUCCCGCAAGCCAGGCCCCAACUCAAUGGUGUUCGCCCUCCGGUCCGAAUUGAUCUGCUGGGUGCAGAGACUGUCGAAGAGUUCAAGAAGGCUGUUCGAGAGGACGCCGCUGUUGAGGCUGCUGCCGAUGCUGAGAGGCGCGGGUAUCUCAAUCCCACCCUGGGAGCGCUUCAGAGCGCGCUACCCGACGGAGUGCUCGACCACUCAGCACCUCACAUACUCUCAGCCUUCGGCAGCAGCGUCCCGGAAAACGACACUCUCAGGCCUGUUAGCGACAUGGCGAUUACAACUGGAAGCAAGUCGAUAGUAAUUGUGGAUGACACAGUGUCUUUUGCUCUUCCCGCUAUGCAUGGAGCGCUCCCAGCCAACGAGUCUGUCGAGGCAUUCGCAGAGACGUUCAUGCCGACCGGUGCGGAUCCAACACCGCCGAGUACGCCGCCUGGACACCCCAUGGGCACCCCUCGACGAUCGUCGUAUCUACUCAACCAGCAUGUCAUGAGACCGUCUGUCUCUGCUGACCCCCUACCCCCUUUCGUCCCUGACCUGGCAACGCUGAGCAACGAUCAAGGUCCGCAGCCUUCCGCCGAUGCAAGCCGUCCCAUGUCAGACACUGCCGCACCGGUCUCGAGAAGGCCUACAUUGACAAGGUCAGCGAAAAAGCACAUUCGGCAGAAAUCAAGCAGGACAAACCGGUCUCUUGACUCUGCAGCGAUACCUCGACGAACCGCUUCGUUCAGCAGUGCCUUCGACCCACGCUCAACAGUCAAGAGCUUCGACGCGACCACCUUUUCGGAAGAGUAUGAUUCUGACCAGGGCGAGCCCAGCCCUGUGCCUCCGCCUCUCCGUGUUCUCAGACGGCGACCGGGUGGUGAUUUGAGGGCCGUCAAGAAUAUAGGAGACUUGGACGCCUUCCCACUGCGUAAGUCGCGGUCUGCUGGCUCGCUCACGACGUAUUCCGAGUCUAUGCGAAGCUCUUACCUGCAGAGCCCAAACCAUGACACCAGCGCCUUCGUAGACGUCGUUUCAAGCGAGUUUUCACAUCCACAAAACGAGGACACUUUCUCUCUAGGAGCUUUAGCGGAGCCAUCAGCUAAGCGACAGCUCUCCUACAUCAGCACGCACUCAUCCAGGCCGAUCAUGCGCCCCUCUUUCGAAGCAGAGGCGCAGAAACUGGCUCAAAUCCCAGACGAUGCCGACGAUGACGGUGGAGUAGAAUCAGCUCUGGCAAAACUUGAGGGCAAGUACGAGAAGAGAACGUUCAAGUUGUCCAUGGAACCUGCGAACGCGCCGCUUCCGGGCACAGUAGCAGAAAUGGUCAAUGAUCCCGUCGACGAGCCGGAAACACACAAGCAAGGUAGACAACAUCGCCAUCUGCAUGUUCUUCCUGGCGAUGCGAUCAUGGCCCACGAGCACCAUGAGGGAUCUGAGGCGCACAACAGCUUCCUGGACAUUCCUCAGCGACCGCCCACUGAGACUGGUUCUUUCUUGUCGGACAAGUCGGGAGGAUCAUACUGCUCCAUUCCUCUUUUGGAACGAGAUCUCACGGAUGACGGCCAGAGCAAGGCAAGCGCCCGAGAAUGGACCAACAGAUCUAUCCUCCAAGGACCUGAUGACGAUAUCACGCCAGCAGUUACUCCUCGACCAGUCGAAGGCACCAUCUCGUUCCCUUCUUCAUUCGAGGUCGUUCACAAAACCGAGAGCAUGGAGAAGAUCAAGGCGGGCGAGACGAAGGCCCCUCCAAGCGAGCAGUCAUUUUUGGACGACGACAGCGAUGGCGAAGACGACAUGAUUUCGGAUCUUUCUUCUGAGCUCUCCGCAGAGAUCAUCGAGACGGAUGAGUUCGCGCCAAAGGCACCAGGCCCCAAGUCAAACCGCAGUGUGUCUGUUGUCGAAUUCGAUCCUCGCCCGCUAAGAGAGUCAACUGUCAGCCCAGUCGACAGCCGCGACCCUCCCUCCCCGCCCAUGACCCUCGUUCAAGCCCUUCGAAUGUCGCCGGAAGCCGCCAUGGUUCCGGAGCUUCGCGAGAGCCAAGUAUUCCAGCGGAAACCCUUACCGCUCACUCCAGACGCAACCCCAAUUGACGGCGUGCGCUCUGAUUCACCCGCUGAUCCUACCGGUACGAAGGAGGCCCUGCGCGGUCAGCCCUCACCACAAGAGCAAGAGCGGGAGUCUUCGCUGAGAAUGUCGGUUCAUCUGCCGUUCAUCCUUGCUUUCGACUCAGAGAUCUUGGCACAGCAGUUUACUCUCAUUGAGAAAGACGCUCUCAAUGAGAUUGACUGGAAAGAGCUCAUUGACAUGGGUUGGAAGAACGCAACCAACAACGACUCCAGAUCAUGGGUGGACUUCCUUCGCAACACGGAUGCGCGCGGGGUCGAGGUGGUCAUUGCUCGCUUCAACAUCAUGGUCAAGUGGGCUUGCAGCGAGAUCGUGCUCACACAGAACAUUGAAGAACGCGCCCGUUGCAUCAUCAAGUUCAUCCACAUCGCGGCUCACUGUCGCAAGUACCGCAACUUUGCGACAAUGAGCCAAAUCACCAUUGCUCUGACAUCCAUGGAAGUGUCACGACUGACAAAAACUUGGGCUAUGGUUCCUCCUUACGAUAUGAAGACUCUUCAAGAACUCGAGGGUCUCAUCUCACCCACUCGCAACUUUUACAACUUGCGUAAGGAAAUGGAGGGUGGUUCUGACACGGGCUGUAUCCCGUUUGUCGGCAUAUACACACACGAUCUUCUCUUCAACGCCCAGCGGCCCUCUGAAAUCGCAAGCUCGCCAACCACCGCACCUUUGGUCAACUUUGAGAGGUGCAGAUACUCUGCUACGAUUGUCAAGACACUGCUCCGACUGCUUGAGGCGAGCACUCUCUACGAAUUCCAGCCCGUCGAGGGCAUCACCGAGCGCUGUCUCUGGAUGAGUGCGCUCAACGAUGAGGACAUUCGUAAACACUCUCAUCGCCUCGAAUGA